AUGACUCCUACUGCUACCUCAGAUGACGAUGACGACGACGAGCUCUCGAGCGCUGAAGAUGCCUCCGCUCUAUUGGACGUCGACGCAACACAGUCGGAUGUAGAGCUUGACGCGACGCAGGACCCUGACGCUACGCAGCUCGAGGUCGAUGACCCGGACGCGACGCUUCUCGAGGUCAACGACCCUGACGCCACUCUACUGGACGUCGACGACCCUGACGCCACGGUCCUCGAGGUCGAGAACCUUCCUUCGGCGACGUUGGACCACGUCGAGGCAGCGCUGCCCGUCGAUCUCAACGCGACCCACGACGACUUUCUCUUGGACGACAAUGUGCCACCGCAAAAAGCGUUGGUCGACCGUCAAACUGACGUCGAGCGAGCGUGGGGCAUUGCGCGCUGCCUUGCGUCGCACGUCUCGGCGCCCGAGCUCAACCACAUUCACUACGGCGUCCCACCCUCGGGCCCACCGACACGCGCGCCGCUCAAAGAACAGGACGAGCUUGCUUCGACGUUUGUGUGGCCCGUCAACCCCAAGAAUGUGCUCUCCACAGAUUUCGACCAAGACGCCAGUACGAUUCCACUGGAUCUGGAUCUGGACAGCGACUCUGACACGGAGACGCCCGUCGAGCCGACGCUGACGGCGUUGCCAGCGUUGGCACGGCCGCUCUGCGACGUUGUGACCGACCACUGCCGCCAGCAUGCGCUUCAGCCGACGCCGACGACGACGUCGCAUCUCGGAUACCUCGCGCGGCAGUCGAAUGUCUUCCUCGACAAGAUGCUCGAGUCGCUUCUGACCCGCAAUGCCAUGGCGCUUCAAGGCAACGAACAACACUUCUCGUCGUCUUCUUGGACCAUGUACCGGGGUAUGCCCUGCGCCAACUGGCGCUUCGUGGCCGAGGGCGUCCUGCAAGCAAGAGAUGGUACCGGCCGCGUGCAGUCGGUGCUUCCUCGCCAGCUCACCGAAGCGACCAAGAAGCGCAUUGAGGCCCGGAUCCAAGCGCUGUACGACCAGCCAUGGCAGACGCUCGGGCUCAACGCGCCGGUCUGGUCACUCCAUCGUCCGUCGUCCGAGUGA